AUGACAUCAAAAUGGCAAACUACACGUCUCCUUCAUGGCAUCCGAGCCAUAGUUGGCGGUCAAGGCCCCCCUUUGAUUCUCGUUCCAGGAUGGCCACAGACAGCAGAGGCAUUUAGCGAUAUCUUCGAGCCCCUUUCUAAACAUUAUCAAUUUUUCGCUCUCGACCCCCCAGGCCUGGGUGGUUCGCCUCCUCCCCUUAAUGGCUACGAUACCGCGAACGUGAGCAAAAUCAUGGCCGAAGCGAUUCACGACGCUUUGAAAGAAAAACCGUACCAUCUAGUUGGCCACGAUGUGGGUGGAUGGAUUUCCUAUCCCUGGGCCGCCCAAUUCCAAUCGAGAAUCAAAUCGCUCAGUAUACUAGACGCAGGAGUGCCAGGUUUCCUGCCCCCGCUUCAGUUUCCGUUGUCUUCCGCGGCCAACCUGCGUCUUUGGCAAUUUUCGUUUAACGCGCUUCCUGAAUUACCGGAAAUUCUCACUAGCGGUCGUGAGCGGGAGCUACUGACCUGGUUCUUCAAUCUGAAGACGGCUCAUGCGGAUGGUUUACCCAAAGAUCAAUGUGAACGCUAUAUACAAGCCUAUUCAAGGCCAGGAGCGCUGAGUCGGGGUUUCGAGUACUAUCGGGCUUACGAAACAAGUACGAAGCAGAAUCUAGAAUAUGCGAAAACACCACUUGAUAUCCCUGUCUUGGCUUUAGGUGGAGCCAGCGCCGUCGGUUCGGGGAUGAUUAGCAUGGCCCAGAACUUUGCGACAAAAGUUUCCGGGGGUGUUAUUGAUGAUUGUGGGCACUUCCUUCCCGAAGAGCAACCAUCUGCAGUUGCGAACAGACUGCUGAAAUUUUUGGCAAACCCGGAUAAAAUUACCUUGGAUGCGUCUUCCAGUGUAUGA